AUGUCCGGCGGCGUACCACCACCACCAUCCUCCACCCUCCUCUCCUUCCAACACCUCACCUCCGCCGCGAUCGCCAUCACCCUCGCCAUCUCCGGCAUGGUACCCAUCCAACACCUCGCCUUCAUACCCCUCUCCUUCUUCUACACUCUCUUCCUCUCCAAAACCGCUUACCCCACCCUCUCCACCACCCUACCACCACCCAUCUUCGCCGCCCACCUCCGCCUCCUCACCGCCUACGUCUCCGUGGGCGCCGUCGUGGGCCUUGUUCUCCCCGUGGCCUACAUCGUUCACGGGGUGUUAAACGAUGAUACAGAGGGUGUGAAACCGGCUGCUCCUCAUUUGUUUUUGUUGGCUUGUCAGGUGGUGAUGGAGGGUGUGACGUUUGCCGGUGGGUUUUCGUUGCCGGUUCGGGUGUUUGUGCCGGUGGCGUAUAAUGCGGUGAGGAUGUAUGCAGUUUUUGAUUGGGUGAAGAGUGAAGUGGUGAAGGGGGGUGGUAGAUGGUUGAGUUUGGCGAAUUUGGUGUUUUGGGGGUUUAAUCUUUUUGGGUUUUUGUUGCCGGUUUACAUGCCCAAAGCUUUUAAGAAGUACUAUGAUGAUGUUAAGGAUAAAGAUACAUAG